GUCGAACUUCCAACCUUGAUUAUUAGGACCAGUUACUGGCACAUGUCCCCCAUUGGGGAUACAGCCAUAAGGAAAGGAAGGAAGGAUACAUAAUCAAUGUGAAGAAAUUUAAAUUGAAUUACUGUUUUAACUAAGUGUUCGAUAUUGGCUAUGUUUCAACGGUAUUUGAACGUAAGGUGGAGUACAUGGGAUUUUUACCCAUAAUUUUUCAAGUAAUAAAUGGGAGAUUUUAUAGAUCAUUUAGAUUGGGCUAUUUCUCUUGGAUGUCCACCGUCUGCUCUUACAACUGGCAUAAGGAAAUUACUUAGUAAUGGUGCACUGGGGAUUUUAAUCAAUGAAUUAUCAGAAGUUCUAAAUACAAGUUCAUUUGUAUUAGAAUCACGCAAAAAUGUUACCUUAUACAGAUUCAGAAAUGGUGGAAAUGAUACUACGAUCCAGCAUAUGAAAAAUGUUACUCGAUUAAGAAAUGAAAAGUGUGAGUUACAUGCAAAUAUUGUGUCUCAUGAAAUUUCUCACAAUAAUCAGAUAAUUUUGUUUUCUAAAAAAGCACAAAUGUUAAAACGAGAAAAAACCAAACAGUAUUUUCGUCAAGCUUGGAAGCAUUUAUUAGAAGCAAAGUCUUAUGAACUACAUACUCAAGUUGAAGAUUGUAAAAGGAUGAUUCAUAUUUGCCAACAUUUAAUGCCUACAACUGAAAUGGAUUUAACUGUUACUUUUAUGAUUGAUGAUCUUUUGACUUCAGUGAACUCUUUGUACCAUGGAGCUAAUAAAAAAAAAGUCGUUCACAAAAUAUGGGAAGCGGUGUAUCGCACUGAUAUGUGUAAAUUGUGGAAUGCUAUAUUACAAACCCAAACACAAUCUAUGGAAAAACUGGAAGCAUUAAGAGGGCAGGCACUUCACUCUACGAACAUCAGCAGAGCUAAUUUUGAUUUACAAAUUGGCAACAUAUGUGGUAAACGUGUAAUUGCUAUAUCAAAGCAAUGCCUCUACAAUACGCGAGUUAAAAAUCGUGAACAACUCAUAAUGCAGUAUAUCAAUAACAUUGAGGAACAUGUGAACUACCCUGAUGAAACAGGUGAUUGGAUUGCGUUGAUACUAGAAAUUCAAAAACUAAAAGUUAAACUACUACAAGUCAAAAACGAAAUUGACAAUAAAACUAUUCUUCAAGAUCACUCAGUAUCUACUUCUGAACUUACUGAAAUGGUAUCUACAAUUCAACGUAUCGAUAUUAGAACGGAUGAACGUAUUCGGGAUAUAAAAGAAUCGCUCGACCUCCUUAAAAUGUCGGCACUCCACAUCCAUAAAGCAGAAACAGACUCAUUUGGUGUGAUUUUUCAUCUAGCAGCUUUACGAAAUGGAAACCAACAAUCAUGGCGAAUCAUUAAUCUCAGAUCUGAACUUAAUAGUUUUGACGAUAGUUUCGACAUAAGAGCCCAGAGAAAAAUUAAAGUUAUUGGUGAUGUGAUGGGUUACAGACAUACAAUAAAUUCCAUUGACAAGGCUCUGAUAUUCAUCGAUUGGCAUUGCAUAAAAACGAUUUUACACUUUUCAUUAACAAUUACGCCAAUUUAUUAUUUACUGUGCUGCUAUAAAACCUUGGCUUUAAAUUUAUGGCUUAAGCAAUGGAUGCCUCGGUUCACGGAAGAAAUAAAUGCAUCAUUAGGAAAAUAUAUGACCAUGAGCGGCGUAUAUUGUAUUGAAAAUAACAUCAAAGAGGCGACUAAUGCCAUAGAUUUAACAAAUGCAGAGUUUUUUCAUGAAGUGAAACAAUACCACUUAAUACUUGAUACUUGGGUACAUCAAGAUGUUUUAGAAGAAUUCAUAUUCGAGGGGACUAUGGUUAACGGUACAACUUUGAAAGAAUGGUUGCGGCGAUAUAAAAUCAUACAGCAUCUUAUGCAGAGACCUGUGUAAUAUCCACCUUCAAUAUCUUUAAAACAAAGACAACUGAUUAUUUUACAUGGAUAAUAACUAAGUUGUUCUGAAUUAUCUGUAAG